AUGGCUUCUGAAUUGGAUCUCUGCAAAGUCAUGAAGAAGCUUAAUCGCUUGUUCUCGCUUAGACUUGCGCCGUACCCAGUUCUGCAUCAUUUCGUCACUUACAUUCUCGCGCUCCUGUAUCAAUCCCACCUCGUUCAGAGUAAUAAGGAACAUACAGCCAAUGGGAACAAUGGGAUCAAUGGGAACAAUGGGAUCAAUGGGAACAAUGGGAACAAUGGGAACAAUGGGAACAAUGGGAACAAUGGGAACAAUGGGAACAAUGGGAACAAUGGGAACAAUGGGAACAGUGAUAACAAUGGGAACAAUGGGAAUAGUGAUAACAAUAGAGAAUGA